AUGUCGUCGUCCAACAACCAACCGAAUUUUGCUCCAUUUCGCGAUGAAAAGAAUAAUUCACUAGUCGUGAUAUUGGGUGCCCAAUGGGGUGAUGAAGGCAAAGGGAAAAUUGUCGAUCUUUUAGCUUCUCAAGCUGAUAUAGUAUGCCGUUGUCAGGGGGGCAACAACGCUGGACAUACAGUAGUCGCCAAUGGAAAGACUUACCAUUUCCAUCUUUUACCUAGCGGUAUCAUUCAAUCCAAUUGCACUUCAGUAAUUGGAAACGGGGUUGUAAUUCAUCUUCCUGGCCUGUUUGCCGAAAUUGAAGCUAUUGAGAAAAAUGGUGUUCAAGAUUGUUGGUCGAAAUUAAAAAUAUCCGAUAGAGCCCAUCUUGUAUUUGAUUUCCAUCAAGAAGCUGAUGGACUUCUUGAACUUGAGAAAGGCGACUCAAAAAUUGGCACUACUAAGAAAGGAAUUGGACCGGCUUAUUCAACAAAGGCUAGUCGAGUUGGCUUGCGAGUUUGCGAUUUGAUGGGCGAUUUUGAGGACUUUACAAAAAAAUUCAAAAAUCUAGUUAAGGGUUAUCGAAAACGUUUUUCUGAGCUUGAAGUGGAUGUAGAAAAAGAACUAGAAAGAUACAAACGUUAUGCCGAUAUUAUUCGGCCAAGUAUAGAAGAUACCGUCUUCUUUCUAUCAGAGGAACUGAAAAAAGGGAAUAAAAAUAUUAUCGUAGAAGGAGCAAAUGCUGUUAUGCUUGAUCUUGACUUUGGUACUUACCCGUACGUAACAUCUUCCAGCUGUGGUAUUGGAGGCGUUUGCACUGGCCUUGGCCUGCCACCCAGUACGAUCAGAAAUGUGGUGGGUAUUUGUAAGGCUUACAUAACCCGCGUUGGCGCUGGCGAUUUCCCGACAUUUCUCGAUUCAGAUAUAGGAACGAAAUUGCAAGACAUCGGACAGGAAUUUGGUACUACAACGGGAAGACGCCGACGAUGUGGUUGGCUAGAUAUUGUGGUACUUGAUUACGUUAACAGAAUUAGUGGAUUAACAAGUAUUGCAGUAACUAAAUUAGAUGUUAUGGACACUUUCGAGGAAGUGAAAAUUGGUACUGCUUAUAUUCACAAUGGUCAAAAAUUAAAAUCUUUCCCAGCCGAUCAUUCGAUUUUGAGCGAAGUCGAAGUCGAGUAUAUCACAAUGCCAGGCUGGAAACAAAACAUUUCCCUAUGUCGCAAGUUCAGCGAUUUGCCAGAAAAUGCUCAGGCUUACAUAUUGAAGAUUGAAGAACUGUCGGGAAUACCUGUACAAUUUGUAGGAGUGGGAAAAUCUCGCGAUGCUACAAUCAGGCGAUUCUAA